GAUGCUGCUUUAUAUUAUUGUAAACAUUUUGAAAUAAUUAAACAAGUUAUUGAUAUGCUUGAUGAAAACGAUGCAGAAUCCAUCAAAAAAUGUAAGAAAAUUUUAAAAUCAAAUAAUUUGGAAGCAAAUUUAGCUUUUAUCAUGUCAAAUUAUGGAUUUAUUUCUACAUCUAUCACUCGACUUGAAACCAAAGGCAUGUCACUUACUGAAUCCAUUAAAAUUAUUAAAACUACAAAAGAAUCUAUACAUUCAGCAAAAGUUGGUGGAUGCGCUCAAGCUAAGGCAAUUGAUGAAAAAUUCCAAAAAGUUAUGGAAAAAAAUGUUGGAUUUGUGCAACUACAAAAAAUAUCAGACAUUAUAAAUGGACAAAAUGAAUCUAUGGACGGAUUGCCAACAGAUAUUAGUAGUGGUGAUAUUCCGUUUUUUAAGUUUGCACCAAUCAGUUCUGUUGACGUGGAACGUUCUUUUUCAAAGUAUAAAAAUAUUUUGGCUGAUAACAGGAGGUCAUUCGAAUUUUCCAACUUGAAAAAAUAUCUCAUAGUUCAAUGUAAUGCUCAAGACUAGAACUCGGGUGAUAGAAGAAAAUCAAUUAUUUAUUAUGACAAGUCUUUUUACUCUAAAUUAAAAUUUUAUUAAUUAUGUCUACAUAUUAAAAUAAAAAGGUUUUUAUUAAA